ACCCAUAUACCUUAUUCUUACACCUGCCCUCGCUUUGCUGCUCGAUAAGUUAGCAAGCGUUGUUGCAACUCCUUUUCUCCGUAUCCCCACCAUGUUGAACUUGGUUGAAUAAUAUUGAUCCUAGCUUUUAUCUGCUUAUUUGCAGUUAUUUUAAAAGAAAAUAUUUACUUUACAUCUAUUAUACUCUUUUUUGUGGAAUUUUUAUUUUACCCUUUAUAAAUCAUAGGAUCCUAACUUUAUCUGCAUAUUGUAGUUUUUUUAAGAAAUAUUUACUUUACAUACUUUACAUAUACUAUAUUUUUUUUUUGUUUUGUAAAAUAAUAUUUUACCUAUCAUAAUCAUAGGAUCCUAGCUUUUAUCUGCAUAUGCAGUUUUCCAUAUAUAUUAUAUAAUUUUUACUUACUAUAAACCAUAGAACAAAAAAAAUGGCAGAUUCUAUAGAAAGCAGCGAAAAUUCAAUCGCAUCUACCCCAAUUAGAAUGUCAACUUACGAAGGGCUGGGACCUGAUAUCGUGGUGUCUUCUCCAUCAACUCCACGACGGUCUAUAUACAUGCAGACACCGGCGGCAAUAAAAAAACAAUUACAAGACCAACUAAAUGAAAAAUCAAACCAAAUCCAAAUGACUGCCGAAUUAGGACAAGCACUAGUAAAGCAACAAACAGAACUGGAACAACGAAUACGAGAACUUGAUCAAACUCAAGGCGAUGAAGUUCCUCAAGAACUUAAAGAUAAAUUGGCCGAAUUAGAAAAACAAGCUAAUGCUCUUGAAGCAAAUACAGCCAAAGUCUUCCUUGGUACUAAAGGACUUACUUCGGGUGGAACAGAUUUAGCCGGAUCUACUGGAUCUCCUGGUCCUUCUGCUACAUCAAUAGCAGAUUCAACACCCACAACAACUACAACAGGACGUCCAAAUAGACGUGAAUUAAACAAAGCGAAAAAACGUAAAGAUGAUAUUGAACUUGCCACCGAAAUAGGACAGGGUCUAUUAGUGGAGAUUCGACGUUUACAAGCAUUACUUCAAGAAAAAGAAGAAAAAAUAAAAGAACUUGAAAUUGACAAAGCAGAACUGGAACGUAUGAUCGAUGUACUCAACAAGCAAAUUCGAGGAAAGGAAGAAUCUGAAGAACGGUACAAAGACGAAAAUUGGAAUCUUGAAUUAAUGAGGCAAGAAAUGAGUGCAGAAUUAGAGGAACUUCGGCAACAAUUAAAUAAAACACGUAAUGAUUAUUCAAAAAUCGAAAAGGCUCUCGCGACUGCAACUGAUGUUAUUGAUCAACUUAAAGAUAAAGAAGAAAGGUUGACAACAGACUAUCAUAGUUUAAAGACUCGUCAUGACCAAGAUAUGGCUAAUAACAGAAGACACGUUGCUGCGCUUAAUCGAGAAAAGAAUGAUCUAUUGAAAAAUCUUGAAGAAUUGAGAGCUCAAUUGGCAUCAUUACAAGCAACCAGAAACAUAAGAAAACGAACGCCCGAACCAGGCGCAGGUCCUAAUGAUGAUGAACUUGGUCAACCAAUUCCCAGUGAUAAUGAUACUAGUAGCGAAGGUAUACCAACUGCUUUACAAGGCAAGAAUUUGAAUAAAGAAGAAACUUUGAAGGCUCUAGGAAUUGCUAAAGACAUGAUCGGUAGUCUUCGCGCAAAUCUUCAAAAGGAAAAAAGUGAAAAAUAUGAACUUAAGAAACUUUUAGCAGAUAGUCAAGAACAAAUUGAAGCAAUGCGCUAUGAGACAGAAUUUGACCCUGCUGCAGUUUACAACAAGAAAGUUAAGAAGAGUAAACGAUCAAAGAGAUUGUCUGCGGCAAGUAAUGGAUUACCUAAUAUUGACGAAAACGAUUCACAGGAUGAAAAUGAAGAUUCUGGUGAUGAUGAUAUGGUUAUCAAUAAAGAUAAUCGUCCUUCGUCGGAUAUGUUUAGACCUCAUGGAUGGAAACCUGAUCUUUUGAGAAAAAGUAGGAACUCAACUCGAAGUUCUAUAAUGUCAAGUAGGAUUGAUGAAGAUAUUCCUGGUGAUGAAUAUGAUGAAAUAGAAGAUGAUGAAGUAGUCGCUGCACAGAGAGCUGAAGCUCUUAAUAAUUUAACCAAACCUAAGAGAAGUUCAUCUCGAUCGUCUAAGCAAUCGUUGGUCGAAGAUCCUGAAUCUUUCGAUUUUACAGGUGAUGCUAAAUCUGUAAGGGAUUCAGUUGUACGUAAACGUGUCAGCGAAUACGAAGAUAUUGUUAAUAGAAAAAAUAGUAAACUUAUUAAUCCUGAAACCGGCGAGGAAGAAGAAAUUAAAGAUGAUGCGUCUUCGGUAGAUUCAUUUACAUCUGCUAAUGAGACUAAUUUAGAUUCUAAAAGAGGAUCUGCCACAUCAAAAAGAAAUUCAAAACGCGGAUCCAAUAGAGAAUCUUCAACACUAUUAUUAUCAGAUUCACUCACUAAAAAUAUUCCUGAAGAGGUUGUUCCCAGCAAGGAAUUUAGAGAUGUGGCAGUACAAACAGAGGCAGGAAGAAGUGAUUCACUUUCCACAAUUCAUACUGGCAAGUUUACAUUCGGUAACCGAGAUACUGUUGUUUAUGAUGCGUCACGUGAAUCUAAAGACAUUUCAAACACUCGUCAAUCUGUUGCUUCAGUUCAUGAAGACAAUGAAGACAACAACAUUGAAAAUCGAUUUACACUCGAUUUAAGUUCAGGUAAUCGGAAAAAUUUACAAAGUCAACAAAGUCAACAAAAUCAACAUCAACAAAAUCAACAAAGUCAACAAAGUCAACAAGGACAUUCAGAUCCUCCGCCAAGACCAACAAAUAGUCCACCACCAACCCUCAUGCAUCCUCCCACCGUAAAUUUCGGUCAACAAGCUGGAUCACCGAAAAUUCCUCAUCAUCCAUUAAAUGUUGGUAGAAAAGGAUCUACAGAUUCGCAAGAUAUACAAAAUGUUAUAGGAAAUGGAAGAUCAAAUCAUCAACAUACACUAAGUUCAGAUUCAGUGUCAACUGUUAGUAGCACUUCUACUUCAGCUGAACAAGUAGGUCGUUCUGACACAUCCCACGUUGAAGCUGGUAGCAGUACUGGACCAAUGACUGGACCAAUGACUGGGCCAAUGACUGGACCCUCAGGCACAGAUCCAAAUAUCAUCCAUGCAAUCACCCAAACAAUGAUAGGUGAAUAUUUAUGGAAAUACACUAGAAAGAAUUUCGGUGCUGGAAUUUCGGAGAAACGACAUAAACGAUUCUUUUGGGUUCAUCCUUAUACAAAAACCUUAUAUUGGAGUAUUAGAGAUCCUGGAAGUUAUGAACCAGUAGAUCCUAAAUCUAAGGGCGGCAUGUCAUAUUUUGCAUAUAUUGAAUCGGUGCGGCAAGUUGUUGAUCAUAAUCCUUCACCCCCGGGUCUUCACCACAUGAGUUUGGUUAUUAAAACACCCGAAAGGGAGUUAAAAUUCACUGCUCGAUCUAAGGAACGACAUGAAUAUUGGUUUCAGGCUUUAAGUUAUUUACUACAACGACCUGACGAAGUGGGGCAAAUAGGACAGGGGCAAAUAGGACAAGGUCAAACUCCAGGAAGAAUUGCAAAAAAUGGAUCGGAUCCAUGGGAGAAUCAAGCAAAUAUGCAGAACCUUCAUAACAAUACAUCACCAAAUGGAUCAUUAAAAGGAUCGAAUCUCAGGGAAAUUAAGAAAAAAUCCAGUUUCAGUAAGAUUCAAGCAAUGUUCCGCCGAGAUGGAUCAUCUUCAUCACCUACAUCACCACUUUCAACAGAAUUUGUAGAUGGUCAGCAUCAACAAUUUGCCAUACCAGGACCUUCAAAUAGUAACAUUGAUGACGAUGAUGAGGAUUUGGAAAAUGUACGUCAAUGUUGUGACGGGCGUCAUGAUGUGAGCAAGUUGGAACGUGCACCUCACAAGCAUCAUCAUCAUCAUAAUGGCCAUUAUUAAUUUAAUGGUUUUUAUGAUUGUUAUUUUAAAUUUAAAAUAAAAAAACAAUUCAUGUUUUAUACAAGUUAGCUUUUUUUCAUAAGUGAAAAAAUUUUUUAAACAAACAUUCUUUAGUUAAAAAAUUUAUAUAUACAUACAUAUUUAUUUAUUUAUUACUUUUUUAUAUAUAGCAAUUUUGUUGUACACUAUAAUAUUAUUAUUUAAGUAAAACAGUUUAACUUUAUUAAUUAACUUAUUAUUGUAUUAUUUAUCAUGUGAUCUUUAUAUUUAAAGAUAAAAAUUUAUAUAAAAUUUAAUGCAAACAAAAACUGUUAAUUUUUAACUACUUUGAUAAUAAAUUUGAAUUCAGAU